AUGAUUAUCAACAAUUUGUUAUCUUUAUGUCUAUUAUAUUCUUUUUAUCAUUUAAAUUUUGUUACAUCAAAUAUUUUACCUAAACAAAAGAAUAGUGGUAUUCAAAGUUUAAGUGUUAAAGGAAAAUUUUUUUGUGGUGAUGAACCAGCGGGAAAUGUUAGAGUUAAACUUGUAGAUCAAGAUUAUGGACCUGAUUCAGAUGAUGACAUGGCAGCAGGUUAUACUAAUGAGGAUGGAUAUUUUGAAUUAUCAGGAAGUGCUGAAGAAUUAACAACAAUUGAUCCACAUUUAAGAGUUUAUCAUGAUUGUAAUGAUGGUUUUACUCCAUGUCAACGAAGAUGGAAAUUUGAAUUACCUAAUCAUUAUAUAUGGAAUGGAAAAAAUUCACCAAAAGUUAUGGAUAUAGGAGAAUGGAAUUUAGAAGCACGAAUGCCUGAUGAAAGACAUGAUUGUAUUCAUUAA